AUGCCUCCUAAGGUGCAGAAGUGUUCUAUUUGUGGUACGAUUGCUACAGAAAAAUGGUACAUGCUCGACAGACGUUCGAUCUGUUCCGUGUGCCACGACAUUCAGUUGAAUCCCCCAUUGGAGCCGCUGCACGAAAGAUCAAACGAACGACCUGCAGCAACCGGGUCGAACGUGACCAACGAUACUAAAAUCGAGCUGAUGGAUGUUGAAGAUAUUACUACCGGGACAUCAAAGAAAAUUGAUAUUGGAAAGAACCAAUCAAUUGACCCCGAAAAGUCCGCAGAAGGAAUGGAACACGCUGCAAUGAGUACAGGUGUGGCUGAGCAGUCCGAGGCGACGGACACGGUGGCUCCACUCGGUAUGUAUUCACCUCGACGUCUACGACGUCGUAUUUGUCCUGUAACGCGACCUCCAGUGCGCCGUCGAGUGAACAAAACCGGCCGUGGUCAUUUCAACUCUAAGGCUAAAUCGCGGCGUACACUGUUGAAGAAACCACCAGCUAAAUCGACUCGCGAAACGGCCUCAACGAAGGCGGUAGCACAGCUGUUCCAUGAGAAUAUCUGCUUUCAGGAGAGUGAUAUCGUAUCCCUGGUCGAUGUGAAGGACAACAUAUACUAUGCGCAAAUACGGGGCCUUCUUAUUGAUACUUAUCGCGAGAAAAGCGCCACUCUGAUGUGGCUGUUGCCGACCACCAGCAGUCCACCGCCAAACGUUGGUUUCAAUCCGGCCACAUAUAUGGCAGGGCCUGUAGAGGAAACUCCGCGCCACUUGGCCUACAUGAAGUUUGUCAUGAGCGUUCCCAGCAAUUAUUUUUUGGAUCGACACAAUCCGUUCCCUCGUCCAGAGACCUACGGACCGACCAACACAACACAGGGUAACAACCGUAACUAUGUGUGGACCAACAUCUGCACUACGGGGAUAGGUGAGCAGUAG